AUGUCUUUCGUCCACGAUCACGAGAAGAGCGUGCAUGAAUCUGGCUCGCCACCUCAUGAUGAUCACGUUCUAGCCUCGCACACCAGCUCUGUCUUUCUGGACAAAGAUGUUGCUAUUGGAUUGGCGGGCGAGCACGCACGAGAGAUGGACCCUGCGGUCGAGGCCAAGGUGCUUCGGAAAAUUGACUGGUUUUUGAUCCCAGCUAUGAUCGUUGGUUACGGUUUGGUCUACUACGACAAGGCCAUCCUCGGUUCUGCAGUCUUAUUUGGUAUGACGAAAGACCUCAAUCUGACUGUGGUAAACACACACACUACGCCGCCUACCACUAGCACCCAACGACUUAGCUGGGCAACAUCCAUGUUCUAUUUCGGCAUGCUGGCUGGCCUGUAUCCCAUGACUUUUGCGCUGCAAAGGUUCAAUAUUGGGAGAAUCCUUGGUGGUGUAGUGGUUGUCUGGGCGGUUAUCUGUAUGCUCACAGCUGCCGUAACCACUCAUGAAGGCUUGUAUGCUCAGAGAUUCUUUCUCGGUUUUGUCGAGAGCAUCAUUCCAACGGGCUUCAUGUGUAUUGUCAGUGGCUACUACACCCAGGAGGAACAGGCUUUGAGACAGUCGUGGUGGUUCGCUUCGACCGGUCUGUUCACCAUCAUCGGCGGUGCGCUCAACUACGGGUUUGCUCAAAUCACCGGCGGCGCCCUCCGCAGAUGGCAGUAUAUCUACCUCCUUGCCGGUUGCCUUACCUUCCUGUUCGGCAUCUGGUGCUUCUUCAUCCCCAACUCACCCGCCUCGGCAUGGUUCCUCACGCCAGCAGAACGUAUGGUGGCUGUCGAGCGUCUCCGUAAAGGUCAGACCGGCGUACGGUGCCAGAAGAUCAAAAUGUCGCAAUUCCGUGAAGCAGUCCUGGACCUCAAGCUCUGGCUCGUUUUCAUCCUCAUGGCAUCUGCCUAUACUGUCAACGGCGCCGUGUCCGGCUUUGGCCCUCUCAUUGUGAGUACAUUUGGCUGGUCGACCCUCGAAUCCAUCCUCUGGCAAUUCCCUCUUGGAGCGCUUUGUCUUGUCACAAUUCUUCUGUCCGGCUAUCUAUCCAGCAAGAUCCCCAACAUUCGCUUGGUUCUCUUGAUUGCCAACUGCCUCCCUGUCAUCGCCGGCUGCGCCAUGAUCUGGAAAAGCAAAUGGACACACCACGCUGCUACGCCUGUAGCAGGAUAUUCCAUCAUCGGCACGUUCGGUGCCGUUGUUAGCCAGACCAUUGUUAUAGGCAUGAGCAAUGUUGCGGGCGCAACGAAGAAGAGCACCAUGGCAGCGGCCAUUUUCGUGGCGUACUGUGUGGGCAACAUCGUUGGGCCGCAGCUCAUCAAGAGUCAGACCAAGGCGCAGCAUUACCCGGAACUGUGGUCGGGGCUCAUCAUUUGCUAUUGUAUCACCAUUGUGGCAGCUGUGGCGCUGUAUGUGUUGCUCAGGAUGGAGAACAAGAAAAGAGAGGGCUUGCCUGUGGAUGAAGAUGAGAGGGACAAGCUGGCAUUCAUGGACUUGACGGAUAAGGAGAAUAGGUAUUUUAGGUACGUGUUGUAG